AAUCAGCGAGUUCCUGCCUGCUGCUCGGGCGCAGUUAAUUUUAGCCGGGGUUUGUUCUAUGAGUUGUAAAACUGUUUACCCAAGUAGAAGUUAGUAAGCUGAAAUGUGUCUUCUCAGCCUGGUGUGAUAGGAUAUCUAUUUUAGACUGCAGAUUGUAUUCAUGAUCGGGAGAGCAGUCUCCAGAAGAAUUGCAGUUCAGAAUCUGUUUUGAAAGUAUUUGUAAGUACUGUCACAGCUUUUCCAGAUUGGGAGGAAAAAUAUGGAAUGUGAUUCACCACUGACUGAACACAGCCAAAUGAACUGUAUAGACAGUAGUUUAAAAACCAGCAUUUAGCAGUUUGUUCAGGCUCUAACAUUGUCCAGCACUUUCCAGAUCAAAUUUACUGUUUACAAGAACUCUCCGCCUUACGACGUUUAGAACCUCAAGCUUUGUUUAUUUAAAAUAUUUCUACAAAAGAAGAAUUCCUGGAGCCCACUUUCCAAAACACCAUGGAUAAUUAUUUGUGGAUGGUCAUUUUGGGCUUUAUCAUAGCUUUUAUCUUGGCAUUUUCUGUGGGAGCAAAUGAUGUUGCAAAUUCAUUUGGUACUGCUGUGGGCUCUGGUGUGGUGACUUUGAGACAAGCAUGCAUUUUGGCUUCAAUAUUUGAAACCACUGGCUCUGUGUUAUUGGGAGCCAAAGUAGGAGAAACCAUUCGAAAAGGUAUCAUUGAUGUGAACCUAUACAACGACACUGUAGAAACACUAAUGGCUGGGGAAGUUAGUGCAAUGGUUGGUUCGGCUGUUUGGCAGCUGAUUGCAUCCUUUCUGAGACUUCCAAUCUCAGGAACUCACUGCAUUGUUGGUUCCACUAUUGGAUUCUCACUUGUUGCUAUCGGUACCAAAGGUGUGCAGUGGAUGGAACUUGUCAAGAUUGUGGCUUCUUGGUUUAUAUCUCCACUGUUGUCUGGUUUUAUGUCUGGCGUGCUGUUUGUACUGAUCAGGAUUUUCAUCUUAAAAAAGGAGGACCCUGUUCCAAAUGGUCUCCGGGCACUUCCAGUAUUCUAUGCUGCUACAAUAGCAAUAAAUGUCUUUUCCAUAAUGUACACUGGAGCUCCAGUACUGGGCCUGGUUCUUCCUGUGUGGGCAAUAGCUCUCAUCUCCUUCGGAGUGGCACUACUAUUUGCCAUUUUUGUGUGGCUUUUUGUAUGUCCAUGGAUGCGGAGAAAAAUAACAGGUAAAUUACAAAAGAAAAGUGCAUUAUCAAGAGUCUCUGAUGAAAGCCUCAGUAAAGUCCAGGACAGAGACUCACCAGUAUUCAAAGAGCUCCCAGGUGCCAAGGAGAGCGAUGACAGCACAGUCCCUCUCACUGGGUCAGCCGGGGAGACAUCAGUGCCCUCAGAAGGCACAUCUGCAGGAAACCACCCCCGGGCCUCCUACGGAAGGGCUCUCUCCAUGACUCACGGCUCCAUAAAAUCGCCCAUUUCCAACGGCACAUUUGGCUUUGACAGUCAGACACGGAGCGACGCACAUGUAUAUCAUACUGUCCACAAAGACUCAGGGCUCUACAAAGAUUUGCUGCACAAAAUCCACACUGACAGGGGCCCAGAGGAGCGGCCUGGCCCUGAGAACAACUACCGGCUCCUGCGGCGCAACAAUAGCUAUACCUGCUACACAGCGGCCAUCUGUGGGCUUCCCAUGCACGGGGCCUUCAAGGCUGCGGACUCAUCAUCAGCUCCAGAGGACAGUGAGAAGCUGGUGGGUGACACUGUGUCUUAUUCUAAAAAGAGACUUCGCUAUGAUAGCUACUCCAGCUACUGCAACGCAGUAGCUGAAGCAGAGAUCGAGGCUGAAGAGGGAGGUGUCGAGAUGAAGCUGGCAUCUGAGCUCCCAAACCCUGAACAGCCACGAGAGGACCCCACAGAAGAGGAAAAGGAGGAGAAAGACACUGCGGAAGUCCACCUUCUGUUCCAUUUUCUACAAGUUCUGACAGCCUGUUUUGGAUCCUUUGCUCAUGGAGGCAAUGAUGUGAGUAAUGCCAUUGGCCCCCUUGUAGCUCUGUGGUUGAUUUAUGAACAAGGUGGAGUCCUGCAAGAAGCUGCUACUCCUGUCUGGCUGCUCUUUUAUGGAGGAGUUGGAAUAUGUACAGGUCUUUGGGUCUGGGGGAGAAGAGUGAUCCAGACCAUGGGGAAAGACCUCACUCCCAUCACACCAUCAAGCGGCUUCACCAUUGAACUGGCUUCAGCUUUCACUGUGGUGAUGGCCUCCAACAUCGGGCUUCCCGUCAGCACCACACACUGCAAGGUGGGUUCUGUGGUGGCCGUGGGCUGGAUCCGCUCACGAAAGGCUGUGGACUGGCGCCUCUUUCGGAACAUCUUUGUGGCCUGGUUUGUGACUGUCCCUGUGGCUGGGGUCUUCAGUGCUGCUAUCAUGGCUCUUCUCAUGUAUGGGAUCCUUCCAUAUGUGUGAGUUGUCUUCUACCCUUCUUAGACUAAGGGUAGUCUGAGUUGGCUUGCCUGGGAGGCAACCUCCUGCAUGCAGAGGCCAUCUCCCAGACACCUUCUCCAUGUCCCUUCCAGAGGGUUCCAAACCACACCGCUCACCUAGGCUGUAAAGUCAUCCUUCAGAGCUAACUUAACUACUGUAUAUAAUCAUGUGUUCAACUGAUAUCGUGGUAAUAUUACAUGGUGCAGUUACUUAUAAACUAAAUAUAUAUUGUAUACAUAGAGUAGGUAGCUUUACUUCAUAUUCAAAAGGAGUGGAGAUAAUUGCCUAGAAUAUUUGACAAAUCUUUGUACAUAAUAAUUUUAGUGAAAAAUUUUAAGAACUUUUUAAAAGGAAAGUGCAGAUUGAAAAAUGCUAUUUUUCCCAUUUAAUACUCUAUAAGUGAGAUACAGGGUGGGUGAUACAGACUUGAGAAGGUGUACAGAUAUCAGUGUGCUAUUGAAUAAUACUGGAACAGGGGUUCACAAGUGCUUUCACUGAAGAAUUUGUUCAUAUACUGUGUAUUGAUGAUUAUGUAAUAUGUCAUAAUUGCUUCUGUAAAUAUUUAAAACUGUAAUUUUUUAAUGCUGUGCUUCCCUUAUACUUUUUUGAUCAGAGAAAUUUGGAAAGUACCAAAGAAGCAGGGGAAUAGUUUGCCAGUAUUAUAUUUUCAUUCUGUGUGUUUCCCCUUCUCAUUAAUCAUACCCUUAACUGGGAUGGGACAUGACCUCUCUGCUCUGGCCUGCCAGGACCAGUGAGUGUGCACACAUCCAGCUAUGGGCUCCCGGCUCCACUCCGCCCAACCACUGCUGCCACUUGCCAGAGAUUGGCCAAUCCUGCAGUGGCCCUUAAGUGUUGUCAGAGAAUGUACAGGCUUAAACAUACAGGAUCACGCACUACGUAUCCAGUCCAGUUUAAAUUUCUACCCCUCAGCCUCCCUUGCAGCCUGAAGAAUGGAAUUCUUGACAAAGCGAGUGCUUUGACAUGUUUGGAAAUCUGGGGUGGGGUCUGGAAUCUUAAACUACACACUGGAUUUGAGAAUUUCUUGGAGCCUUCACCUAGCUGACAGCUUGGCACUCUGCUAGAGUCCCACUAGGUUGUCCUCUUUGGGGAUAGUGGGAGGGAGGAAGUUUGACUAAUGUUAGAGCCUGAAACUAUGGAAAUGCUGCUAAAAUUUUUAUAUUGACAAACAUUUUCUUGGUACUUCAUUGUGAUUUUUCAUUAAUCAACCACAUGAAAUUUAUAAUAAAAAAAUGCC